UCGGUCCGUCCGUCCAUCCAUCCAUCUAUCUAUCCAUCCUGCCGUGAAAGCAGGCACGAAGACCGGGCUUUGCGGGGCACCUUGUGCCAAAAGACCACCCUCUCCCCCCUAAAGACUGGAUGUUUCCCCGAACCCCCCCCUCGAGCCCCCCACAAGGCGUGUCCCUCACUGCCCCCCGGCGUCUCCCCGCCGCUCUCCCCACACGCAUGCACUGUAGAGUAGGACUACAUUUCCCGGCAUGCCGCAGGGGGCGAUAUGCGUGCGUGGCAGGGCGCGGCGCAAGAGGAGCAGAGCGGGACAGGGACACGACCAUGUAUGCGGGCGAGGGGCGGCCGCAGCCCCACCUGGCCGCGCUGGUGCUGGCGCGAGGCGGUAGCAAAGGGAUCCCGCUGAAGAACAUCAAGCUGCUGGCGGGGGUGCCACUCAUCGGCUGGGUGCUGCGCGCCGCCAUCGAUGCCGGCGUCUUCCACAGCAUAUGGGUUUCCACAGACCAUGAUGAGAUUGAGAAGGUUGCGAAGCAGUUUGGUGCUCAGGUCCAUCGCAGAAGCCCUGAAGUCUCUCAAGACUCCUCAACUUCCCUGGAAGCCAUCACAGAGUUUCUCAAUCAUCAUCAUGAGGUUGAUAUUGUAGGAAAUAUUCAAGCAACAUCUCCCUGUUUACAUCCCAGUGACCUUAUAAAAGUGGCAGAUCUGAUCCAGAAGGAGGGCUUUGAUUCUGUCUUCUCUGUUGUGAGGAGGCAUCAAUUCAGAUGGAGUGAGGUAAAGAAAGGAGAAAACAAGAUGACAGAACCCCAAAACCUGAAUCCAGCAAAGCGGUACCGUAGGCAAGACUGGCCUGGGGAGCUCUAUGAAAAUGGCUCGUUUUAUUUUGCCAAGAGGCAUCUGAUUGAGAAAGGCUACUUGCAGGGUGGUAAAAUGGCCUACUAUGAAAUGCGUGCAGAGCACAGUGUGGAUAUUGAUAUAGACAUUGACUGGCCUAUUGCAGAGCAGAGAGUGUUGAGCUUUGGAUAUUUUGGCAAAGAGCCGCUAAAAGAGGUGAAGCUCUUGGUUUGCAGUAUUGAUGGAUGCCUGACCAAUGGUCGCAUUUAUGUGACAGAAGAUCACAAGGAAAUGGUCUCCUAUGAUUACAGAGAUAUUGUAGGCAUUGAUCUGUUAAAGAAAAGAGGAAUCCAGGUUCGACUCAUCUCUGACAGAGAUUGUUCAAAAAUACUGUCAGCCAUGCAGCUGGGAUGUGCAGCAAAAGUCAGCGUAACAAAUAAACUACAGGUUCUGAAGGACUGGCAGGAGGACAUGGGUUUGAGCUGGAAAGAGGUGGCUUACUUAGGAAAUGAGGAGUCUGACAUGGAGUGUCUGAAGCAGGCAGGCAUGAGUGGUGUGCCUGCUGAUGCCUGUGCCGCUGCUCAGAAGGCUGCUGGUUACAUCUGUAAGAGCAGAGGUGGCUGUGGAGCUGUGCGGGAGUUUGCAGAACACCUAUUCCUGCUCUUAGAGAAAGUGAACUCUGCAAGGAAGCAGUUGGAAGAAAUCAGCUCAGCAGAAAAGGAAAUGGGGAGAAAUGAGAGCUGCAGGAAAGGAAAUAAGGAAUUGAUGGAAAAAGAGUAACGCCAUUGGUCAGCCCUCCUUUUCUUCCUCAGUACAUCCAUAUCCCAAAGGAAUGCUUACCUUUCAAAUUUUACAGCACAGUAGAGUUAAAAAGGUGUCUCCCCCUAAUUCCAGGUCCCACAUUCAUGAUUGUAUGCUGAAAAUAUGAUCAUAUCCAUGAUGAUUUUAAAAGCCAUUUAAGUGCAAUGGGAGGAAUGCUACAAAAGAGAGUACCCUGUAAAUCUGCUCUUAAUCAUCACACCUGUCCUACAGGAAUGAUGCUUCUCUAUUUCAUAAUCUGAAUGUUUUCAGGGAUCAAUGAUUUUGUAUGACUUGAAGAUUUGUAAUUUGGGCUUAAAAACCCCAAAACUUCUGUCAGUUUUUCUCAGGUGGUUUGCAUUUCCUUUAUCAAAUGCAUGGUAUUGUGGUUGUGUGAUUGCAUUUUACAAGCUUUGUCCUUAGCAAGGAAGAGUUUUAACAUAUGUUGGAGAGGUCAGGUGUAAAAUACUUAUCAAUAAAACUUCCUCCUCUAUUUUGAAAAUACAACACAGUUGCUCUAAAACAAGUUAAUACUCGUUUAAAAAAGCACUUUAACAUGUGUUCAGUUUGAAGCUCAUAAAUAAUUAAAUCACAUUUGGAAUUGUCGAUCCUGGAAUCUGUUUAUUUUUGAUUUUAUUGAAGUGCCUAAAUUAAUGUUUUGCCAAAUUUGGAGUUAAAUUUCCCAUUGUCUUUGAGAUCAUUGCAGAAACUCACUUUCUUUCUAUGAAGACUGUAUUGCAACCUCAAAAGAGUUAAAGCCAAAUAAAAGCCUUUAAGUUUAUUGUAUGGAAAAGUAGCUGCUGUUAAAAAAAACGAAACAAAACUAUAGUUCAUGUGGGUUUAUAUAAAAUAUAUAUAUACAGACUACUUUUAGCAUGUUAAAACUGGUUUACAUGCUUGUAUUUAUUGAAAAUAGGAUUUGUAAUGUACAUUACAAAUACAAUAGUAUAUAUCAGAGUUAAGUUCUGGUUUGGGUUAUGCUAAAAAAUAAAAAUACCCAUGGUA